AUGUCUGGUGAGACUAAGACCACAGGGACCGAAAAUUGUCCAGCUUUACGCUCACAGCAGCAGAGGCCGCAGAGAUGCCAUAGUGACAGGUUGCAACGUACAGAGGAAUCGCGGAAGCGUCGAGCCAAGAGAAAUGUGGGAGACCCAGACAUUAUAAAGUCUCCCAGUGACCAUAAGGAAUACAGAUACAUCAAAUUAAAAAAUGGCAUGAAUGUGCUGUUGAUUUCUGACUGGACAAUUGAUGAUUGCAAUUCUUCUGAUGAAUCAGACACUGAACUAGAUGACCUCAUAAUAUCCUCUGGAACAGAUGAGGAAGAAGUUCUUGCUGCAAGAAUGCAAGAAAUGGAGAAAAAUGAUAGGAAUAUCAAAGAAACUGAAGAUGGAUCUGUGGAUGGUGAAGCUAGAAGUGAUGAAACAGAUUAUGCUGGAAGUGAUAGCAUUGUUGAAGGCGAUCUUGAGGAGAGGGAAGCCCAUGAUGACCCUGAAAUAUAUGAAGAAUUAGUGAAGCAAGAAGAUGAAAAUAAGAUGGGCAGUACAGAAAAGCAGUCUGCAGCCGCCCUUGCUGUUGGUGUCGGUAGUUUCUGUGACCCUGAUGAUUUACCUGGAUUAGCUCAUUUUUUGGAGCAUAUGGUAUUUAUGGGUAGCCAGAAAUAUCCAGAUGAGAAUGGGUUUGAUACAUUCUUAAAGAAGCAUGGAGGCUCAGACAAUGCUUCGACUGACACAGAACGAACUAUUUUCCAGUUUGAUAUCCAAAAGAAAUAUUUUAAAGAAGCCCUUGACAGGUGGGCACAGUUCUUCAUUCAUCCUCUGAUGAUUAAAGAUGCUAUUGACCGUGAAGUUGAAGCUGUGGAUAGUGAAUAUCAGAUAGCAAGACCCUCUGAUGCUAACAGAAGAGAACUGCUGCUUGGAGGUCUUGCAAAACCAGGACAUCCUAUGAGAAAAUUCUUUUGGGGUAAUGCAGAGACACUGAAAUAUGCACCAAAAAAGAAAGGCAUUGAUACCUAUGCAAGACUGAGGGAUUUCAGAAAACGAUAUUAUUCAGCUCACUACAUGAAUCUAGUUGUCCAAUCUAGAGAAACCUUGGAUACUUUGCAAAAAUGGGUGACGGAAAUUUUCUCAUAUAUCCCAAAUAAUGCAUUACCCAGAGCAGACUUUAGUCACCUGAUGAGCCCUUUUGAUACACUGGAAUUUCACAAGAUUUACAAAGUUAUUCCAGUGAAAGAAAUACAUUCUUUGAACAUCUCUUGGGCUCUUCCCCCUCAGGAAAAGAAUUACAAGUUUUGGGCUCUUGCUUUAUAUGGAGGAAAUGGUGAGACAGGAUUCGAACAAAAUUCUACCUAUUCCAUCUUCAGCAUUUCAGUGACUUUGACAGAUGAAGGCUUUGAACAUUUCUAUGAGGUUAUUCAUCUUAUAUUUCAGUAUUUAAAGAUGUUGCAAAAAAAUGGGCCAGAGAAAAGAAUAUGGGAAGAGAUUCAGAAGAUUGAAGCUAAUGAAUUUUGUUUCCAGGAACAGACUGAUCCAAUUGAGUUUGUAGAAAGUAUUUGUGAAUAUAUGCACAUCUUUCAAAAGGAGGACCUACUGACAGGAGAUCAACUGCUGACUGAAUAUAAUGCUGAAAUCAUUGCUAAUGCCCUUAAUCAUCUCACUCCGCAAAAAGUAAACAUCUUUCUCUUAUCUCCUUCCCAUGAGGGACAGUGUACCAAGAAAGAGAAGUGGUUUGGGACACGUUACUGUGUGUUAGACAUUGACCCAUACUGGAGGAAGUUGUGGGACAGUGAUUUCCCUCUCAAUCCAGAUUUACAUCUGCCACAAGAAAAUCAAUAUAUAGCCACAGAUUUCUCUGUGAAAGAAUCAAGUACCCAAGCUCCAGAAUAUCCCACCAAAAUAAUAAACACACGUGAAGGGUGUCUAUGGUACAAGGAAGACAAUAAAUUUGGUGUCCCCAAAGGAUUUAUCUGUUUCUACCUGGUAUCACCAAUAAUAUUACAGUCUGCACUGAACAUGGUGCUUUUUGAUACUUUUGUAAGCAUCCUCAGCCAUAACCUUGCUGAACCAGCAUAUGAAGCUGAUGUUGCACAGUUGGAAUAUAAAGUAAUAGCUAAAGAGCAUGGCUUGACCAUUCGAGUGAAAGGCUUUAACCAUAAACUACCUUUGCUGUUUCAAUUGAUUAUCAAUAAUUUAUCUGACCUGAGGAUCACACCCGCAAACUUCCAGAUGAUAACAGAGCAGCUUAAAAAGUCAUAUUUUAAUUAUCUUAUCAAAACAGAUACACUGGCCAAAGACAUACGAUUAUCAGUCCUGGAACAUGGCAGAUGGUCAUUAAUAGAGAAAUAUCAAACUUUGGUUAAUGGUAUUUCUAUAGAAACUUUGACAAAAUUUGUGGAUGCUUUCAAAUCAAACCUGUGGGUAGAAGGCCUUGUCCAAGGAAACUUUACAAAAAAUGAGUCAAAGGAGUUUAUGAAUUAUAUCUCUGAAAAAUUGCAUUUCCAUCCUCUAAUACACCCGUGUCCUAUUCAGUUUCGAGUGAUGGAACUGCCUAAUACUCACAUCCUGUGUAAAGUGAAAUCUCUUCACAUUGGGGAUGCAAACACCGAUGUCACGGUCUAUUACCAGACUGGUGCUAAGAAAUUAAAAGAUUAUUCACUCAUAGAACUGCUUGUGAUGCACAUGGAAGAGCCAUGCUUUGAUUUCCUGAGGACCAAGAAUACACUGGGCUACCAUGUCUACCCUGCUACAAGAAAUACUUCUGGGAUCCUGGGUUUUUCUGUUACCGUAACAACACAGGCAACCAAAUAUAACUCUGAAUUUGUUGACAAAAAAAUAGAAGAAUUCUUUGCAUACUUUGAGGAAAAACUCCGGAAUUUGUCUGAAGAAGAAUUUCUUGCUCAGGUCUCUGCACUAAUCAAGCUUAAGCGAACAGAUGACUCCCAUCUUGGAGAAGAGGUAGACAGAAACUGGAAUGAAGUGAUUACUCAGCAAUAUGUCUUCGACAGACUUGCUCGAGAGAUCGUAGCACUGAAAAGCCUUACUAGAACCCAAUUGCUUGACUGGUUCCUACAUUUCAGGAGAAAGCACAGGAGAGUUUUGAGCAUCCAUGUGGUGGGCUAUGGUAAACAAGAAGGGGACUUAAAUGUUAGACAUUCUUCCAUUGUCCAAGAAUCUAUGUUUAGCAAAGAACCUCAACUGACCUUUUUGCCUUCUUCUGUGUUGAAUGUCCCCUGUAUACUGGACAUUCAAGCUUUCAUCUCAACUCUUAACAUUCUUCCUUACCAUAAGAUGCUAAAAUAA